CAUCCCUGCACUGUGAUUAGUUAGUUAUCAGAAUUGUUAGGACUGGGAGAGGAGUAGGAACGGAAGUGUUUGCACGCUGUGCAGAGUAAUUAUUGCCGGGGACGUGAUGGGGAACGUGGAUCUGGCUAAGCUGGGAGCUGUCCUGGUGAAGAAUGCCCUGACUGGAGAGGCAGUUGAGUUGAAAUCCCUGUGGAAAGACAACGCAAGCGUCCUGUUCUUCCUGAGGCGGUUUGGCUGUCAGGUUUGCCGCUGGACAGCAAAAGAAGUAUCUAAGCUCAAGGAAUCUUUCGAUGCCAACCAAAUACGUCUUAUAGGAAUUGGACCAGAAAAUGUGGGUUUGCAAGAAUUUGUGGAUGCAGGUUAUUUUGCGGGCGAACUAUAUCUGGAUGAAUCAAAGCAGAGCUACAAGGAGCUUGGAUUUAAAAGGUAUAAUGCUCUUUCCCUAGUUCCUGCUGCACUGGGGAAGAAAGUCCGAGAUGUUGUCACCAAGGCAAAUGCGGAUGGGGUGCAAGGAAAUUUCACCGGAGAUCUGCUGCAGAGCGGGGGCAUGUUGAUUGUCAGUAAAGGGGGAGAAAAAGUAAUUCUUCAUUUUAUACAAGAUUCUCCUGGUGACCAUGUUCCCCUAGAGACAAUAAUCACAACUCUUGGAAUCACAGCGGAUGUGACAGAAGGCCAACGCCCUCAGUGUAAUGAUGACGUGUGUACCAGAUGAAGACCAAAGCUGCGAUUUGAUUCACAAUGCCCAUGUGACGUCCCUGUGUAUUUGUUCAUUGCACCGACUGUGGUUUUCCCACUGCUAAUAUUAAAGGGCCUCCUUCUUCUUCCUCUUUUUUUUUUUUUUUUUUUUUCUUCCCACCUGAACAUUAAUAACUUGGACUUGGUGUUUAAAUUAAUCUACAUGUCUGCUUCACCAAACUAGGUGCGAAAAGAGCUAAAUUGGUGCUUAUUCUACAAAGAUACUCUAAAAUGGCCUGGACAGAUUCGCUGGUACCCCUUUGAAAAGCUAAUAAAGUAUUGGAUUAUAGAGAUUUUUCAAA